AUGGCACAGACACUGAAAGUGGCGCACAGGUCCUCCUCUGUAUUCAGGACCCUGACUGAGGCAUGGACGGAGUCCUUACAGAGAAGAACAGAGACCGUCAUCAAGAGGCACAAGUCCCUGGCAGACGUGCCCGGUCCCUCUGCCAUCAGUUUCCUGACUGAUAUCUUCUGCAGAGGAGGCCUGUCCAGGCUGCACGAGUUACAGCUGCAAGGAAAAGCCAAGUAUGGUCCGGUGUGGAAGGCAAGUUUUGGUCCAAUCCUUACUGUUCAUGUGGCAGAUCCAGCACUGAUUGAGCAGGUCUUACGACAGGAAGGAAAACAUCCCAUUCGUUCGGAUCUCUCCUCCUGGAAAGACUACAGGGAGUACAGGGGACACUCAUAUGGUCUGCUUACUGCUGAGGGAGAAGAAUGGCAGCAGUUCCGCAGUAUUCUCGGGAAACACAUGCUGAAACCAAAGGAGGUGGAGGCAUACAGUGAUGUUUUCAGCAAUGUGGUUGGGGAUCUCAUAAAGAAGUUAAAUCACCAGAGGAAUCAAAAUCCAAAUCAGGUUGUCAAAGACAUUUCCAAGGAGUUCUACAGAUUUGGCUUAGAAGGUAUUUCCUCUGUCCUUUUUGAGUCACGAAUUGGUUGCCUGGAGACCACUAUUCCCGAAGAAACUGAGAAAUUCAUUCAGUCCAUCAAUACUAUGUUUGUAAUGACCCUUCUAACCAUGGCCAUGCCCAGAUUUUUGCACAAAAUAUUCAGAAAGCCCUGGCAAAAGUUCUGCGAGUCCUGGGAUUACAUGUUUGCUUUUGCUAAAGGACAUAUUGAUCAAAGAAUGGCUGAUAUAGCUGAGAAAGUGUCCCGAGGUGAGAAAGUGGAAGGAAAAUUCCUUACCUAUUACCUGGCCCAGGAGAAAUUACCCAUGAAGGCAAUCUAUGGCAAUGUCACCGAGCUGCUUCUGGCUGGAGUAGACACGAUAUCAAGUACACUUUCCUGGGCCCUGUAUGAGCUAGCAAGACAUCCAGAAGUACAGUCUGCUCUGUAUAAAGAGAUCACAGAUGUGCAACAAGGACGGAUGAUUGCAACUGCAGCUGAUGUAGCUAAAAUGCCCCUGAUGAAGGCUGUUGUAAAAGAAGUAUUGAGGUUGUAUCCUGUAAUUCCUGGCAAUGCCCGAGUUGUAUCAGACAGAGAUAUCCAAAUAGGAGAGUACACAAUACCAAAAAAAACACUUAUUACCCUCUGCCACUAUGCUACAUCACGUGAUGAGAAGUUCUUCUCAGACCCCAAUGAGUUUAAACCAGAACGCUGGCUGAAGAAAGAUGAGUGCCACCAUCCAUAUGCCUCUAUCCCAUUUGGAUUUGGAAAGAGAAGCUGCAUUGGGAGGCGGAUAGCUGAACUGGAAGUUUACCUUGCUCUUUCACGGAUCCUUACUCAUUUUGAAGUUCGACCUGAGUGCCCUGCAAGCUUGGUGAAACCUAUGACCAGAACCCUUCUAGUACCGGACAGGAAUAUCAGCAUUCAGUUUCUGGACCGUUAA